AUGUUAUCUGUUGUUUCGGCCCAUUCAACACCUGGUCUAACUGAUAUUUGUUACACAAAAGACGGAAAUCAUUUUAUAACAUGUGGUCAAGAUGGCGAUAUUCAUGUUUUUGAAACAAAAACAGAUCAAGUCGAACAUAUAAGAUGUGCUGAUCAAUGUCAUUGCUUAGCUGUACAUAAAUAUCAUUUAUUUGUUGGCACAAAUAGAAAUGAACUUGAAGUUCGAUCAUUUCCUCAUGGUGAUUCAUUACCAAGUCUUGUUCAUUUUACUCAACCAGUUUCAGCACUUUGUUUAUCAAAUUCAUCUCUAUUUAUUGGAACAAGAGAUUUUAAAGUUGUCAUGAUGAAUUUAAAUGAUGAUUCAAAUAAAAUGAAAUAUUUUGAUGGACAUCAAGCACCAAUACUUGCAUUAAAUGUUUAUGAAGAUAAACGAUGGCUGGCAACAUCAUGUUGUGAUGGUUCAGUUCGUGUAUUUAAUAUUGAUAAACAAACAUUAGUUAAACAAUUUAAUGUGAUUACAAAAUCAAAUGAUAUUGAAACUGCUUCAUCAUUAGUGAAAAUCGAUUGGGAUAAAACUGAUCAUGCUGAAAAAAAUAAUCUAGGAAGUUAUUGGUUAUUAGGAAUAAAUGAUUUUAAUGGUAAAUUUCAAUUACGUGUUAUUGAACUUCGUGGUCAAUCAUUUCCUGACCUUGUUCCAUGGCCACUUGUUUCAAUUAUUUCUCUUCCAUUAGCUUUGUAUCAAAUUGAUACUGAAAAGAGUCAACUUGAGAGUGAUUAUCUCAAAAUAAAAUUAUUUAAUAAUUCAACAGAUGAUGAAGAAUUUUCAAAUAAUGAACGACAAUGUUUAAUUAAAAUGUUUGCUUCAUCAUGUAAAUCGAAUCGUGAAUAUCGCGCAUUUGAGAUUUGUCAAUUAAUGGAUUCUAUUGCACUUCAAUUAGCUGUUAGAUAUGCCACUAAAUCUGGAAAAAUAUCAUUAGCACAAAAAAUAACGGAUGAAUUAAUUGAACAAAAAAAAGAUCAAGAACAAGAAGAAAAACUGAUUCAAAGAUCUUCAUCUCCACCUCCUGCUCGUCCUCCUACUUCAAUUCCUUCUUCUAAAUCAUCAUCAUCAUCUAUUUCAAUUGUUUCAUCAGCAUUCGAAGAAAUAAAACAAACACGUCCUAAAGUAACAACACCAACUGGUCCAUUUAGUAAUCCAUUUCGAAAGAAAGUUAUAACAAUUCCUGAAAAUGAAACAUCGACAACAGAUGAACUAAGUAAAUGGAAACCUUCAGUUAACAAGUCACGUCUUCCAGCAUCGAACAAAAUAACAACAAUAACAACAGCAACCAUACAAUCUGAUAUAAAUGUUGAAACAAUAACUGAAAAUGAAGAUAAUUCAUUAAAUGCAAAAAGAAAAAUAGAUGAAAGUGAAAAUAAUGAUGAAGAAAUUGGAAAAAAUAAACGAAAUAAAUUGCAACAAUUUGCUUGUAAUCGUUAA